CGGCAUUCUUCUCUCGGAAAGAAUUACCAAGUAGAGAACAUGUCUGGACGCGGAAAGACCGGAGGCAAGGCUAGAGCCAAGGCCAAGACUCGCUCUUCCAGAGCAGGUCUGCAGUUCCCCGUGGGCCGUGUCCACAGGCUGCUGAGGAAAGGCAACUACGCUGAACGAGUGGGUGCCGGAGCCCCGGUGUACCUGGCCGCCGUGCUGGAGUACCUGACGGCUGAGAUCCUGGAGCUGGCUGGCAACGCUGCCCGCGACAACAAGAAGACCAGGAUCAUCCCCCGUCACCUGCAGCUGGCUGUGCGCAACGACGAGGAGCUCAACAAGCUGCUUGGAGGAGUCACCAUCGCUCAGGGAGGCGUUCUGCCCAACAUCCAGGCUGUGCUGCUGCCCAAGAAGACCGAGAAGCCCGCCAAGGCCAAGUAAACCUGCCUGGAAACUACAAACCCAACGGCUCUUUUAAGAGCCACCCACAUCUGUCUAAAGAGCAUUUUCCCCAUUACAUAAAUAAGUGACUUAGUCAGUAAGAUUAACUGAAGCGCGUCUAAAUAAAGGUUGCUGCCAUAAUCAUGGUUUAGGA